GACCUGUUCGACCCACCGACUGUCAGCUGCUCCUGUAGGGCGGCGCAUAGUCACCAGGAAGGCUGUGCACUAGCAGUAAGAGAUGUUCUAGAAAAUAAUAUUACAUUCAUGCUCCAAGUUGCAUCUUAAAGCUCAUAAGGAACCUGUUUAGUCCUUGGCGAUGGAGGAGACGAACAGAGAGGCUGUAGCUACGGCAGUGCAGAGGGUAGCCGGGAUGCUGCAGCGCUCCGACCAGCUGGACAAAGUGGAACAGUACAGACGUAGGGAGGCGCGCAAGAAGGCGUCUGUCGAGGCCAGACUUAAGGCCGCCAUCCAGUCUCAGUUGGACGGGGUACGCACAGGCCUGACGCAGCUGCACAACGCCCUGUGCGAUGUCAAGGACAUCCAGACAUCGCUGGCUGAUGUCAGUAAGGACUGGAGGCAAAGCAUCAACACCAUCGAGAACCUGAAGGAUGUCAAGGAGGCUGUGGUGCAGCACAGUCAGCUGGCAUCUGCAGUGGAGAACCUUAAGAACAUCUUCUCAGUGCCGGAGAUCGUGAAGGAGACACGUGAUUUGAUCGAACGUGGAGAGAUGCUCCAGGCGCAUCGCAGACUCAUGGACCUAGAGUGCACACGGGACAACCUGCUGUACGAGCAGCACCGGCUGGACAGCAGGAGCGCGCCCGAGCCCGGGCUAAUCGGAGCCUACUUUGGCGAGGUCCAGGGUCUCUCCGAUGAGCUCGCUAAGCAGCUGUGGCUGGUCAUACAGCGUGCACUGGUCACGGUGCGGCGCGACCCGACCAUGCUGGUGUCGGCCGUGCGCAUCAUCGAGCGCGAGGAGCGGGUGGACCGGCGCAUGCUGGAACGCAGCCGGCAAACCUCCUUCCUCCCGCCGGGUCGGCCCAAGAAAUGGAAGAACCGCAUGAGCGAGGUCCUGGAGGGCACGGUGAGCGGGCGGAUCGAGAGCGCGCAGGCCGAGACGCGGCAGUCUGACAAGAUGUGGCUGGUACGUCUGCUGGAGAUCACUCGCCGCUACGUGCUGGACGACCUCCUCAUCGUCAAGAACAUGAUGGUGCAGUGUUUCCCGCCGCACUACGACACCUUCCACCUGUUGCUCGACCUCUACCACAGAGCCGUCGCCGCGCGCGUCCAGGAGCUCGCCGAGGACGACCUGGAGCCCAACGAGAUCGUGUCUCUGCUCACCUGGGUGCUGAACACAUACACAAGUGCGGAGAUGAUGGGACAUCCAGAUCUGUCUCCCGAAUGUGACGCCAAGCAGCUGGAGCCUCUGUUGCCCGAGAGUGUGGUGAACAAGCUGCUCGGCACAUACCUGACCACCUUUACUUCCAACAUUAUAGGCUGGCUGCGGAAAGCUCUGGAAACAGAUAAGAAGGACUGGCAGAAGGACACGGAGCCCGAGGGUGACCAGGACGGCUACUACCAGACCACCCUGCCUGCCAUCGUCUUCCAGAUGUUUGAACAGAACCUGCAGGUGGCGGCUCAGAUAAACGAGACGUUUAAAGAGGAGGUGCUGGUGCGCUGUUUAAAGGAGAUGAACUCCUUUCUCAUCAGGUACAAGGAGGAAGCGAUCGUUUACAAAGAGGAACACUUGAAAAAUCGUCAGCUCCCACAGUGCUACAUCCAGUAUAUGAUUGCCAUCAUCAACAACUGCCAGACCUUCAGGGAGUCUAUAAAUAGCCUGAAACGGAAAUACUCUCAGUCGACCGAGCCCAACCAGAACGACGUGGCCAUUGGAAAAACCCUGAAUGACGUGGCCAAGGAGGGUUGCCAGUUUUUAUUGGAUGAAGUCUUUUUGGAUUUGGAGAAUCAUCUGAACGAGCUGAUGACCCGGAAAUGGUUAGCAGGCUGUCACGCAGUAGACACCAUCUGCGUGACGGUGGAGGAUUACUUCAACGACUUCUCCAAAAUUAAAAAGCCUUAUAAUCAGGAGAUGACGACCGAGGCUCACCGGCGUGUGGUCGUGGAGUACCUGAAGGCGGUCAUGCAGAAGCGCAUCACCUUUAAAAACGCGGACGAGAGGAAAGAGGGAGCGGAGAGGAUGAUCAAAGAGGCGGAUCAGUUCAGCUUCCUUUUCAAAAAACUCGCUGCUGGAGAAGACACAGACUGGCUGUGUGGCUCCAUCUCCGCCAUAGCCGAGGUGUUUAAGCUAACGGAUCCCACUCUUCUCUUCUUGGAGGUGUCCACACUGGUCUCCAAGUACCCAGAUAUCAGGGAGGAGCACAUCGUGGCCUUGCUGGCGGUUCGAGGGGACGCUACCCGGGACACGCGGCAAAUGAUCAUUGAGACGCUGAACCAGAGCAAACCGUCCGUCUCAUCCAACUCGCUGCCCAUCUUCAGGGACAUCACCAUCCCAACCAUCUCAGCCAUGACAGCAAUGGCCGUUCCCAAACUGCUGAAAUAACCUGCUAAACCCUGACCUUCAACCUGUUUGGAACCUCAUCUUCAGGAUGAGAAGCGUCCCCAUUCCGCAUGCACAUGUACAGGAAAUGCUUUGUUUGUUUAGUUUUUUUCGUUUAUUUCGUUAACACUAAAUUGAUGCUCCACCUCGUUCCUGCGUUGGGCUAAACAAGACUGGAUAAUUAAUUCUCUGGCAACCCGAAGCUUCUGUAUGAUCCUCUGGAAUAGAAAUUAACAACCCGUUCUGUAAUGCCGGCACGUCCUGUUUACUGGCGUGACUUCUUGAUUUCUUCACAGGCUGCACUUCCUGAUGGGUGAAACAGAACCACACCGAGUGCACAGAUGCUGUAUAACGAUAACGAGAGCCGCGAAAAUCAAUUCGGAUUAAUAAAAUUAUGAUUAAUGCCA